CGUGGAUUAAAGCAAAACCGGAAUAAAAUAUUCAGUAAACAUCGAAGAUGAAUCAAGCGAACGUCGAGAAUUUAGUAUCGAAAUUAAGAUAUAAUGUCAAAGCACGUCGGCAGUUUCGAAAUCCUGACGGUCCGGAGGGACGUCUUCGCAAAUUCCAGAAAACUCUGACAGCGUUGCUCAAAUACGAGCGGCUAGAAUUGAAUUAUAACAGAGCUGACGAGACCAGAGGUUAUGUUGAGCAGUUGAUAUUUGAGGCAAUACGUCAUGGACCUACACAUAAAGAGACAAUGGAUCUGGCCAAUUUCUGGGUACUCGAAAAGCAAUUGGUACACAAAUUAUUUAAAGUUCUUGUUCCAAGAUAUCAGAAUUAUACCACUUCGUUCACAAAACUUCACAAAGCACCAAAUAUAUAUCCCUCGGGUUACUACAGCAGAGCAAUUUUAGAACUGAGAGGUAACAUAUAUCCAAACGUAGAACAGUUCAAUCCACAUGAACGAAAUUUACUUCAUAAUCUACUGCUUGAUGCAGCAAAGAAAGAAUAUAGGAUGGAAAAGUACAAAGAAGUCGCAGACAAUAUAAAGCAAUAGAAAGGCAAGAAAAGUCUAUAAAGAAUGCUCUUGUACAGUGUGCGUUUUGUUAAUUCUUUAGCAUUUUAAUUAUUAAAAUAAAAACAAUAUAAAAUUUA